AUCUGCAUGUUUAUGUGAUCAUUAUGCCUGUUCAUCUUUUCGACUGUCUAUGGACGACGCCCGAAUUCUUGUCUACUCCUUUCCGAAAAUAUGUGCUAGUACUGAUGUCUUGGUCGAACUUAGAGGGCUGAAGAACCGUUUUAGUUAGGCAUUGUUUGUGUUUUGAUCGUCAUUAUGGCAGAAGCAAGAUCGGCGGGAAAAGGUUCUUAUGUGUCUUUAUCGCUGGAAGAUAUGAGGGGCUCGAAGCGCAGUGAAAACGACAGCGAGGAUACAGAGAGCAAAAAGGGGACUGUUCAUUCAAUCGAUACGAGGAGCUUUAUGGAUGAUUACUUGAUAGAGUUCAACGAAGUCUUUAGAAGACAGGUACGUGAGAAGUAUUGUUCUACAGAGGAAACAUCUUGGAGCAAUGCGGCAGAUGAGGUGAAAGUUGAAAUCUUGAUAGCAAGAUUUGAAGAAGGAGGAAGGCAACUUUCAGAUGAUCCUCUUCUUGUUUUACUUAAGAAAUGGCCAGCAAGUGAAAUGUUUUCUGAUAAUCCAAGAUUGGUGGAGGCAGAGGUAAAUCGUCUAGUCAAAAUAAUUCUCUGCAAAGAUGAAGCUAAGAAAUACAAGUUUUUCAGAGACAAAGAAGAGCUGUCGUGGAAGACACCACUCCACCUGGUUGCAGAAUUAAACUUCACAUCUGUGGCGCAGACUAUUUUAGCUCACUACCCUGGGCAAUUGUACAUAACAACAAAUCCACAUACAGGAAAUGAUAAUAGUAGAGGCAUUCCUCUAAAGCUGGCAUUGAAAAGAUGCAAUGAUGAAGUUUCAACUCUGUUGAUAGAGCACAUGAAAUCUGAAAGGGUCCUGAGGCUGUUUUCUGAUAAUGUCUAUGACAUCCCUUUGAGCUUUCAAGAGCUUGUGAAACACCCUAAUAUGAAGAAAACUGUUGUAGCUGUUCUCAACUGUAUGGUUAGUCCCGAUUGGCGACAUUUACCCAAGUUCAGGGAAGACUUUUCCUCGCAAAUGAAAAAGGACAUCGAGCGUGCUUGGAGCUCAGAGCCGAGUGAUCCAAUCAGCUAUCAAUUUUACUUUAAAAUCUUGGAUGGUGAUGAAUACGGUAGAGACCCCACUCAUGAUGAAUUCAACUGGAUGUCAAAAUCUUGUCUCUUCUUGAUUGCAAAUAGUCAAAACAAGGAAGCCAUUCAACAUCCAGUGAUCAGACAACUUGUCAAAAGGAAAUGGAUUAAAUAUGGUCAUUUCUGGUUCAGUGUGUUGACCUGUUUGUACUUGUUAUUUCUCCUACUGUUGUCUUUCUCGUUGCUUUACGGCGCAACAAAACCAGACCCAACAAAAUACCAGGGCAGUGCGGACGGGCUAAGAAUGAUCUGCGAGAUUUUUGUUGUCGUGUGGAUUGUGGCCUACAUUGCUGACGAGAUUAACGAAAUUAAUAAAGAACGCUGGAGUUACUUCAAAGUUCCACAAGUUUACUUCAAUCUGUUUGACUGGCUUGGAUUGAUACUAAUUCUGAUAGUGAUUCCACUUCGAUUUUUACGGCAUGAAGGCCAGUGGGUUGUCGCCUCCUUGGGCUUUUUCUUCAACGUCCUCCGGCUUUUCAAGUAUUCUUGUGUCACCAGGGCAACAGGACUCUAUACAAAGACGUUAGCCAGGAUUGUGUAUCGGGAUAUUACUCGCUUCAGCUGCGUAUUUCUCGUCGUAUUCUUGGCGUUUUGUGGAGCGUUUUUCCUGUCCUUACGAACAACAAGUGAUGUGAAAGUCUUUGGUGGUUUCGAUAUUGUCAUGUUGAGUGGUGUCAGAGCACUUGUGGAACAACAGCCAGCUGCAGAUGAUUAUACAAAAUUCAAAUGGCUUCCAGUGUUUGUCCUUCUGAUGUACAUGAUGGCUGUUGUGGUAAUUCUUCUAAACAUUCUGAUCGCUCAAAUGAGUAGUACUUACUCUGAGGCCAAGAAGAAUGCCAGGCUGCAGUAUGAUGUCUACAGAAUGCUCAUUAUCACAAGACUAGAACAUAGCAGAUUCCACAAAUUCAAUCUGCGGCUAAAUUACUAUCAAGUAGAAGAAAUUAUAGACGAGAUGACUCUGGCAAAAGAUCUCUUAGAGUACAAUGCAGACAUUUCCCCUUGGGACACAGUUGAGGAGAAACUGGAUGAAAUCAGGGCUAUAAUGCGGAAGAUCAUUAAACGAAUACCUUUACUAGAUGAAGAUAAAGAGAGAUGAUGUGUCAGGAGAUUGAAUCAAAAGUCCGCAAGAACAACAUGAUCAGCUUCUUUGAUCAAAAACGAAACAAACAAUGGUAAUCAUAAUAGGCCUUUUGCAGCUAGAGAUCACGUGCUUAGA